UCCGGCCUCCCGGGCACUUCCUCGUCCCAGCCCCUUCCCUGGAUCCGGUGGAGUGUUGCGGCCUCGCAGCCUGUCCUAGGCCGCUAGCCUGUCCCUGGACCUGGGAUUGGAAGGGAGAGUGGGGCGCUGUCCCUCAAGGCCCUCACCCUCAGAUGAGGCAGCAGUGGCUUGGAAGAGGUGAGGGACUGGUCCAGUAUCACGGCAGCCUGCAGGAUAGGCAGAGCGGGGACUAGGGCGAGGCGAGCACAGCCAGGCGGGCACCGCGGCAGGGGCUGAGCCACCCUCAUGGAAGGGAGAGGACCUUAUCGGAUCUACGACCCUGGUGGCAGCGUGCCUCCGGGAGAGGCGUCCGCAGCUUUUGAGCGCCUAGUGGAGGAGAAUUCCCGACUAAAGGAAAAAAUGCAAGGGAUAAAGAUGUUAGGGGAGCUUUUGGAAGAGUCCCAGAUGGAAGCAUCCAGGCUGCGGCAGAAGGCAGAGGAGCUGGUCAAGGACAAUGAGCUGCUCCCGCCGCCAUCUCCCACUUUGGCCUCCUUUGACCACCUGCCCGAGCUCACAGGAAAGGAUGCAAAUGUCCCAGCACCCUCUGCCAACCCUGCACACCCCAGUGACAAGCCAGAGCCAGUUCCAAAACCUCCAUCCAGUGGCACCUCAUCCGAAUUUGAAGUGGUCCCUGCCGAGGAGCAGAAUUCGCCACCACAGAGCGGCGGCCGCACCAGAAACACGAUGGAGCUGGGCUCCCCACCCCACGAGGACAGCAACCUGAUGCUGCACCUGCAGCGCCUGGAAACCACCCUGAGUGUGUGUGCUGAGGAGCCGGACCACAGCCAGCUCUUCACCCACCUGGGCCGCAUGGCCCUGGAGUUCAACAGGCUGGCCUCCAAGGUGCACAAGAAUGAGCAGCGCACCUCCAUCCUGCAGACCCUGUGUGAGCAGCUCCGGAAGGAGAAUGAGGCCCUGAAGGCCAAACUGGACAAGGGCCUGGAACAGCGGGAUCAGGCUGCCGAGAGGCUGCGGGAGGAAAACAUGGAGCUCAAGAAGUUGUUGAUGAGCAGCGGCAAAGAGGACGCCUGCGGGCGGCCAGGCUCGCCGAAGGUGGAAGGCGCAGGCAAGAUGGGGGUGGCCGGACAGUCGCAGGCCAGUGUGACAGCAGGUAAGAUCCCAGAGGUGGGAGUCUUGGGUGCAGCUGAGAAGAAGGUGAAGAUGCUGGAGCAGCAGCGCACAGAGCUGCUGGAGGUGAACAAGCAAUGGGAUCAGCAUUUCCGGUCCAUGAAGCAGCAGUACGAGCAGAAGAUCACUGAGCUGCGCCAGAAGCUGGCGGAUCUGCAGAAGCAGGUGACUGACCUGGAAGCUGAGCGGGAGCAGAAGCAGCGUGAUUUUGACCGCAAGCUCCUCCUGGCCAAGUCCAAGAUUGAAGUGGAGGAGACCGACAAGGAGCGGCUGUCCACAGAGGCCAAGGAGCUGCGCAAGAAGGUCAGGCACCUGCAGGAUCAGCUGAGCCCCCUGACCCGGCAGCGGGAUUACCAGGAAAAGGAGAUCCAGCGACUCAACAAGGCCCUAGAGGAAGCACUUAGCAUCCAGGCCGCCCCGUCAUCUCCACCAACAGCCUUUGGGGGCCCUGAGGGAGCCGGGGGCCUCCUCAGGAAACAGGAGCUGGUCACGCAGAACGAAUUGCUGAAGCAGCAGGUGAAGAUCUUUGAGGAGGACUUCCAGAGGGAGCGCAGCGACCGUGAGCGCAUGAAUGAGGAGAAGGAAGAGCUGAAGAAGCAGGUGGAGAAACUGCAGGCCCAGGUCACCCUGUCGAAUGCCCAGCUAAAAGCAUUCAAAGAUGAAGAGAAGGCGAAAGAAGCCCUCAAACAGCAGAAGAGGAAGGCAAAGGCCUCGGCAGAGCGCUACCACGUGGAGCCCCACCCGGAGCACCUCUGCGCGGCCUACCCCUACGCCUACCCGCCCAUGCCAGCCAUGGUGCCGCACCACGGCUUUGAGGACCGGUCCCAGAUCCGAUACCUCCCGCCCCCCGUGCCCAUGGAGCACCCGCCCCCACCCCACAACUCGCGCCUCUUCCAUCUGCCAGAAUACAACUGGCGACCACCCUAUGGAGGGAUGCGCAAUCAGACCUCCCAAGUGAUGGACUCGCCCAUGGCAAGGCCUGCAGAACCAGACUCCACAAAAAAUGACCACAAGGGGCCUCAGUGAGACCAGAUUACGUCACUUGGCUCCACCUUCGUCUUGCAGAGCCAGUGGACCUCGGGUUACAAAAAAACUCGAGGUCACGUGCUCUGUGUGGCCAGAGUGUCAGCCAGACAGGAAGCUGAGAUGGGCACCAACCUGAACUGUUUACAGACUGGGGAGGGUCUGCCCAGAAGGCCUCCGUCUGGGCCCGCCCUUUGGCGUGACUGGAAAAAACUCGCUGCCUUGCACCCAAGUGGAGAGAGGACCUGCCGUCCUUUGUGGAAUCCGCCAGGGGACGUCAAUCUCAAAAGUGGGGUGCAGCUGAGACCCCUUUCUUUCACAACUUCCCCACAAGUGGGCCAGCCCCUCCAGGAAGCACGUUCAAUUCCUGUGUGUCUGAUUUUUGCUUCGAGCUCUGUAGUAGCAGAUGUAGACCGCGCCCAUCCCUUCCCUUCUGUGAGGAACUGCGGGAAGAGUAGGUUCGCCUCUGGGAACAGAAGAUGUAUAACAGGAUUUUGCUGCGGGGCCUCAGCCUCUGCCCAAGGCAGCCUUACUAGCGCCGCAGCAGCCUGGGAUGAAGGCCAUGCCAGCCACAUUGGCCAAGGGGUCCAGCCUGAAGCUGCCAGUCCCUCCGCCCCACCGCUGGAGGUUUGUGGUGUUGGAGGCCCGGAUUGGGGUGGCUGUCCUUGCCUGGGCAGCUCUUUGCACGAAUCUUGGACAUAAAUCAAAUGGAAGAUUCUGUGACUGGUGUUUUUAUGUCCCAACGAGUGUCCCCAUCCCAGUCAAUCCUUGUUGCCCUCUGUGCCUUUCCGCCAGUCUCCCGAGAGCAUCACCAUCAGCCUUGGCUGAUACCCCUGGGGUCCUGCUCAGGACCCCCGGGAGAGUGGGGCAUCCAGGGGAAGUGGGAGGAGCCUGGGCUGGGAGCCGGGUGAGCUGGGUCUCAAUUCCAGUCCUGCGUGUCACUCAUCAGGAGACACUGCAAGGCCUGGGCCUUUCUGGGUGUCUCAGUUUCCUUGCUGGCAAAUGAAACACCUCACCUCGGCCCUAGCCUCCUCGGAGAAUUAUGGAAGGUGGGGAAUGAGAAUAGAUGUUCUGUAAACUCCAGACGCUGAGUGAGAGAAGCAGAGUGGGCCUAUGCAGAAACCAAAAAGGGGGCCCGAAGCACUCCCUUCAUGUCUUUUUUUCCUCCCUCCCCCGGCCCUUUUGAGGAAGCACCACAGUAGGCUCAGCUGCUGCAGA